GACAGCGCAGCCAAUUGUGAAACGUCGUCGCUUUGAAUCAAAACGACUUUGUUUUUGCCCCGUUCACAUUGUGCGUAUCAAUUAUUUCCUUCUCAUCCUCCCUUCUCUCAACUAGUCAUCUCCAUUGCUGUUCGUUUACCAGAAACGAACAUUAACCUGUCGUUGAUUUCUUUAUAUCUCUCUGUAACAAACAAUCUCCAAGUGAAGGAGUCCGUGUUUAGCACUUUGUUGACUUGUUUAUGGCAUAGAACGGCGCCGUCUUUUCUAAUCCAAUGUGGCGGUGAGUUUGUGUGUUAAGUGAAGAAUCGAAAACCUUAAAAAAAUGGAUCGGCCGGCGAUAACGGUGGGGCCGGCGAUGGACAUGCCGAUCAUGCACGACAGUGACCGGUACGAUUUGGUGAAAGAUAUCGGCUCCGGUAACUUCGGCGUGGCUCGGCUAAUGAGAGAUAAACUCACCAAAGAGCUCGUAGCUGUUAAGUACAUCGAGAGAGGAGAUAAGAUAGAUGAAAAUGUUCAAAGAGAGAUUAUUAAUCACAGGUCACUAAGGCAUCCAAAUAUUGUCAGGUUUAAAGAGAUUAUUUUAACACCUACCCAUCUAGCCAUUGUAAUGGAAUAUGCGUCUGGGGGAGAGCUUUUUGAGCGAAUAUGCAAUGCUGGGCGCUUCAGUGAGGAUGAGGCUCGCUUCUUCUUUCAACAGCUGAUAUCUGGAGUCAGCUAUUGCCAUGCAAUGCAAGUAUGCCACCGGGACUUGAAGCUGGAAAACACUUUGUUGGACGGUAGCCCAGCUCCUCGGUUAAAGAUAUGUGAUUUUGGGUACUCUAAGUCCUCAUUGCUUCACUCACAACCUAAAUCGACUGUGGGAACUCCCGCGUAUAUUGCUCCAGAAGUAUUGCUGAGGCAAGAGUAUGAUGGCAAGAUUGCAGAUGUAUGGUCAUGUGGUGUAACAUUAUAUGUGAUGUUGGUGGGAGCAUAUCCAUUUGAGGAUCCUGAGGAGCCAAAGGAUUUCAGGAAAACAAUUCAAAGGAUUCUCAGUGUCCAGUAUGCCAUUCCAGAUUUUGUUCAAAUAUCUCAAGAGUGCCGCGAUCUGAUUUCUAGAAUUUUUGUUGCUGAUCCUGCAACUAGAAUCACGAUUCCUGAAAUUAGGAACCAUCCGUGGUUUUUGAAGAAUCUGCCUGCUGACCUUGUGGACGAAAAUACAAUGGGUAGCCAUUACGAAGAACCUGAUCAACCAAUGCAGAGCAUUGAUGUGAUCAUGCAGAUCCUUGCCGAGGCCUCCAUACCAGCUGUUGGGAAUGGGCUUAACCAAUGCUUGUUAGACAACUUUGACAUGGAUGAUGACAUGGAGGAUUUAGAUUCCGAAUCGGACCUUGAUGUUGACAGUAGUGGAGAGAUAGUUUAUGCACUGUAAUCACAGCUGCGAAUGAAACACUUAUUGACAAUUAGUAAUUCUGGGUGUAGUGGAAAUGUGAAUAUCUAGUUAAUAGAAAGUGUGGUAGGUACCAUGGGCAAUUGUUGGUAUCAGUUGCCAUGCAAUCCUUGCAAAUCUUGAGUUGGCAUUGUUAGAAACAUGAAGCUUUUAUUCCUCUAUAUGAGGAGAAAUUUGAUUGUCUCAUUGUGUGGUAACUGGUGAAAAUAUUUGAAUCAAGGGGAAGAUUUCCCUUUGUUGAACUCUUCAAUAAUCUUUUGUAUCAUUGUUGUA